UUUCAUUAUAAUACUUUGACUUCUUGAGCCACCCUUUGAAAUCUUCUGUUCAGCUCUUUUACUUCAUUAUUUCUUCCUUUUGCUUGAGCUACUCCUUUCGCUUUAGCUACUCUAUGAAGAUGUAGGAUCCUUUUACUCCCAGGAAUCUUCUAGUUACACAUUUUUUAUACUUGCUGUCCUUAUUAACUGUAAAUAUCUUGAGGAAAACUAAUACUACUAUUUACUAUUGCCAAAAGAGUCCUGGUGGUGCAAUGGUUAAGCACUCAGCUGCUAACUGAAAAGCUGGUGGUUUGAACCCACCCAGCAGCUCCGAGGGAUAAAGACCUGGCGAUCUGCUUCCAUAAAGAUUACAGCCAAGAAAACCUUAUACGGCAAUUCUACUCUGUCAUAUGGGGUUGCUAUGAGUCAGAAUCAACAACAGCGAUUGCCAAGCACUGUUAUAAGUGCUGUAGUGUGUAAUUGCUGUAUUAUUUCAGAAUAUUCAAAACUGCUAUAAAAAUUAAGGGAAACUAAGUAUGGAAGCAAAUAGCUUGUGAGACGUAAUGAGAUUUAUAAGAUGUAUUAAAUAUACAUAAUGUAGUAACCUGUGAGGCAUAUUAAAGAUAGAAUAAAUGGAGCAUAUGUAUGUUGCAUAUAAAUUUAAAAAAUGCAACAAAUGAGAGCAUCACACAUAGAAGGGGCUUGAAGGGCCAAGUAAAUGUUAAAUAUUCAUAAGGUACAGAUCAUGUCACUUUCAGAUUAACAACUAUGUUAUCCCUAAAUCAGCCACCCAUUGGUGACAUCCAUUCUGGCGCCACAUGUGCUCUGCCCAAGAAACACAGGAAAAAAACAUAGUUGCUCAGCAGGCUAAUUUAUGGCAAGUUAUGGCUGUGACCAGGCACGGUUGCUCCUGUAUCUCUCCAAAAAUGUGUGUUAGCGCUAAGCACCUUCAGUCUGCUGAAUCCCCUUCUUCACCCUCAACUCUGGUCCUCAUAACCACACUACUGGCUGGAAAGACUGAUGCAGCAAAGGCAGGACAUAUGAACACUGAAUAACAUAAGAUUCAGAUAGUGUGGUCCUUCCACAACCUCCUCUUCCCAUAUGCCCUCCUAAAUAUAUGAGCCUACUCCAUGUCUUUUGCCUUACUUAAAACACUGUAUGUUUUAAAUAGAUUCAAUAAUCAGUGUGAUUUAAGCAUCUUAAUUUGGUCAGAGCGUUUCUGGGAUAUGACCUCUGGGAUAGCCUCCCUAGUAGCAUACUUAGAAACCACCACUACAUCAAAGCCACUUCCCACCCCAAUAAAUGCUUUACAAAUAAUAUAUUAUUAAAUCCCCACAACAAACUUAUGAGGAAGGAAUUGUUCUUAUUCUCACUCUACCAAAGAGGAAACUGAGUCACAGAGAGGCUAAGUAACUUGCACAAGGUAACAAUGCUAAUAAAUGGGGGAGCUAGAAUUCAAGUCCAUGAUGAUCUGGCUUCAGAGUCCAUGUUCAUUUUUCACUAAGCUCAUUCAUUUUUGUAUCUCCAAUACCUAAUGUGAUGCCUGACACAUAGUAGGCAUGUUUGAUGAAUUUAAUUAAAUGAAUGAAUCCUAACUCUUAGUUUGCCAUGUGACCUACUAUUAUUUAAAGUUAAUAUAUGUAAACAAUUUUAUUCAGCACUUCUUAGAUGCCUAAGAAAGGGUAACUUUCUUUCCCCACACUGGGGCAGAUUUAAGAAAGAACUUUCAGUCAUUUUCAAAGCUUAAAUAAAUUUUCUAUCCUAUUUUACCAUGCUUCAGACAGCUAGCUAUCCACAUAACAGGUGCAUAUGCUGUUCAAGGCAUGGCAGAGUCCCCAUUAAUUUCAGCUUCAAGCUACUUAGACAAAUCUCUUUCAUCUUAUUUUUAUUUGUUAGAUAAAAUGAUUUUUCUUUCUGUUUUAUUUUUUUUAUAGUCCUCCUGAGAAAGGGGUAUUCGUACUUCAACCAAAUUAUUGUCAUCAUCAGUAGCCAUGGUUUACUGCCAUUACACCAGUGUUUCCUCUCUCCACCACUUUAACUUUUGACCUUGAAAAGAAGCUCUUUUCAACGGCAUGAAGUAGAUUCUGGAGUCUACUACUUUUUAGCUGGAUAAUCUUAGUUAUUUAUUCCAAGAAUAAGUUUCUUCAUCUGUAAUAUGAGAGAAAUUGCUAUACUACCUCACAGGGAUGUCCUGAAGAGUGAAUUAAUUCACAUAUGGUGUUUAGUGUAGCGCCUGGCACUUUAUAAAAACUCAAUACGGUUAAUAUUACUAACAGCUUAGUUUGCUGAAACAAUUCCACAGAGCUUUCAAAAUAUCUUCCCGAAAUUAGUAAUUUUUCCUUCUGCUCACUCUCAACCCUCAGCUAUCCCAUUCACACACUUUUACCUUAACCACUUCCUUUUUUCGGUUGCUUAAAUACAAAACAAGCCAGCCUUUCUUCCUCAUUAAUUUUUUAACGACAUGGCUUUCUUUUUUCACCAAUUCAUACAUCAAUAACGCGUUCUCCUUAUCUCAUCCUGUGGGAUGUCCCCAUGCCGAGUUAGCACGACGUACCGUGUUCCUGGGGCACAGCGAGCACUAGCUGGGGAAUCUCGACCUGGAGAGGUGACUUGGCGUGUCUGGAUACCUCCUGUACCAGAGGUUAUCUUCAGAUACCAACGAAAAUGAAGUGAAGUCAAGUGAAGAGCCACUUCUAAAAAAGAGUUCUCGCCGGUUUGUCAUCUUUCCCAUCCAGUACCCUGAUAUUUGGAAAAUGUAUAAAAAGGCACAGGCAUCCUUCUGGACAGCAGAAGAGGUUGACUUAUCAAAGGAUCUCCCUCAUUGGAACAAGCUUACAUCAGAUGAGAAGUAUUUUAUCUCCCACGUCUUAGCCUUUUUUGCAGCCAGUGAUGGAAUUGUAAAUGAAAACUUGGUGGAGCGCUUUAGUCAGGAGGUGCAGGUUCCAGAGGCUCGCUGUUUCUACGGCUUUCAAAUUCUCAUCGAGAAUGUUCACUCAGAGAUGUACAGUUUGCUAAUAGACACUUACAUCAGAGAUCCCAAGAAAAGGGAAUUUUUAUUUAAUGCAAUUGAAACAAUGCCAUAUGUUAAGAAAAAAGCAGAUUGGGCUUUGAGAUGGAUAGCAGAUAGAAAAUCUACUUUUGGGGAAAGGGUGGUAGCCUUUGCUGCUGUAGAAGGGAUUUUCUUCUCCGGAUCUUUUGCUGCUAUAUUCUGGCUAAAGAAGAGAGGUCUUAUGCCUGGACUUACUUUUUCCAAUGAACUCAUCAGCAGAGAUGAAGGGCUUCAUUGUGACUUUGCUUGCCUGAUAUUUCAGUACUUAGUAAAUAGACCUUCAGAAGAAAGAGUCAGGGAGAUCAUUGUUAAUGCUGUUGAAAUUGAGCAGGAGUUUUUAACAGAAGCUUUGCCAGUUGGCCUCAUUGGAAUGAAUUGUGUUUUGAUGAAACAAUACAUUGAGUUUGUAGCAGACAGAUUACUUGUGGAACUUGGAUUCUCAAAGGUUUUUCAGGCAGAAAAUCCCUUUGAUUUUAUGGAAAACAUUUCUUUAGAAGGGAAAACAAAUUUCUUUGAAAAACGAGUUUCAGAGUAUCAGCGUUUUGCAGUUAUGGCGGAAACCACAGAUAAUGUCUUCACCUUGGAUGCAGAUUUUUGAAACUCUGCCCAUAUCUAAACCUGUCAUUUGUAAAUAUUUUUUUCCUCUGCUUCCUCCCCCGUCUGCUUCUUUUUAGACAGCUUCAUGUUUGAAGGAAAUUCUGAUAUUUCUGAGGUUUUAGGAAGGAGAGGAUUUGAUCCUCCAAAUUUUUGGCUUAAUUCUGAUAAAGAAAAUAUAGGUGGAAAUGGAAGACAGAUGAAUGGUUUUUCUCCUACAGAUAAAAAUACAGCAAUUCAAAGACUUUCUGAUUAAGCUUAUAAUAUUCUUAACUUAUACAUUUGACCAUGUUUUGCAAGUAUGUUUUAAUUUUUCCAAAUGUCUAGUUAUUUAGUCAAGUUAUUUAGCAUGUACUGUGUAUAUAGAGGAAACCCUGGUGGUAUAGUGGUUAAGUGCUACGGCUGCUAACCAAAAGGUUGGCAGUUCAAAUCCACCAGGCACUCCUUGGAAACUCUAUGGGGCAGUUCUACUCUGUGCUAUAGGGUCGCUAUGAAUUGGAAUUGAUUUGACGGCAAUGGGUUUGGGUUUUUUUUGGUUUGCUGUACAUAGAAAGCUUUACCAGGUGUGGUGUAUCUUAACAUUUUUUUGCUAAAAUGUGUAUGGUCAAUCAAACCAACUUUGCAUAUGUAGCAUUCAGAGUUUUUUUUUCCAAAGAAAGAAAUUGUUUUUAUUUUGGUUUAAUAUGUUGAAAUAAACUGUAUCAUAACUACAUCAUGUUGUGUAUGUUCUUUUUGAGUAAGUGCAGGGGCUACCCUAAUCAACCCACUGCCGUCAAGUCAGUUCCAACACAUAGCAACCCUAUAGGGUUUCCAAGGCUGUAAAUCUUUACGAAGCAGACUGCCACAUCUUUCUCUCACAGAGCGCUGCUAUUGUCUGUUAGUGUGAACAGAUAAAUAUGUACUUGUAAUUUUUUUUUUUUUUUUUUUUUUGUGGAUUAUGGACACACGAGAGAUAUUCUUAGAGUCAGUAGAGAAAAAAUAACAAUAUAGGAGCCUCAAAUCUAGCCAUAUAGGGGCCCCAAAUCUAGAACCUAAGAACUUGGCAGUAGAUUUCUUGAUACAAAGGUCAUUUCUUCUCUGUGGAGUCAUUACUAUCAGAGUGUUUGAAGAGAAUAGCUGUUUGCCCUUCCUGCUGAGACUAACAGCCACUUACUUCUGGCAACUGCUGCUCCCACUCCAAUUGUAUGUUUCUCGUGAGGCUGUCAAUACUAGUAACUUCAUCUGUCUGGGCACAGGGUUAGGCAUGUAAUCCAGGCUGGGCCAGAGUCCUUACCUACAGUUUUUCUAAUUGAAACUAAAGGAAGAGGAACCUUUUAUUCUAAGACAAAGCGAGAGAAAAAGACCUAGUUCUAAACUCCCCUGAGGCCCAAAUGUAUCCCUACUUGCACCAGUUAAUUAUCAGGGUAUUAAGUGUCCACUUCUUGCCUAAUUCAAGUUAGGUCUCUUGAUUUGCAACCAAAAGGAUCCUAAUUAAAACAAAUUGGUUCCUAGAAGCAAAAAAAAAAAAAAAAAGUGAC